ACGCCAAACAAUUCCGCCAUCUUUUGCGCAUCUACUGUUUCGCCUCUGACGGAAAUUCUUUGCACUAAAAAGUAAAUUCAUUAAUAUUAAAGCAAUCGACCAAACAGUACUUGUUAUUGCAAAAACGUCGUAUUAAUCAAAUACGAUUUAAGGGAAAGAAGAUGCCAAAUCGCAGUCGCGACUCGGAUUCUGAGGAUUUGCAAUCCUUUCUCAUGAAUUUUCACAAGGAGAUCGAAGACAAUGCUGCAAAGGAAAAUGGUAGCGUCGUUGCGUCAAAUGCAAAUGGUGGAGGGGACGACGAAGAAGAAGAAGAUGCUGACAAAUAUUUCAUAGACGACGAAGGCAAUUGCUACAUUAAGACGAAGCCUAAAAAGCAGCUGAAGUCGAAAACGAAACAAAAGGCGCCUGUAACCUCAACGCCAGCUGCAAUUACAGUGCGAGCCAGCGGCUCAUCUACAUCGAAGGCUAUUAAUCUGCGGCCUGCCAACUCCAAAGUAGACAGUACUCCACAAAGGACUCCCAAGGUAGUUAACACACGCCCAGGUCCACAGAAAAAGACGCCAAAUAAAACAACUAGUACUCCUCGAGCUUAUCUGCGCUCAGCAAAUGCAAAGUCGCAAACAAAGACGUCCAAAACUGAGGUAAUAUCGAAUAAAGUGGUCAUUGAUAAUGUGGACGAGCUCGAGGAGCUGGUCGAUGAUCCAGAUGUCAAUGACAGCAAAGAUGGAAAUGAAACCAUGGAUUCAAUUACAAUUGAUGAGCCCGCCUCCGUAACGGCGGCUGCAGUAAGCGAUGAUGAAAUCUUCGAAUUUGAUGAUAAUCCCGCCAACAUGUCAGCCAAGGCAGACGUGGACUUUGUCGUCUCUGGCAAACAGUACAAAUUAAAGGCAGUGGCGGCUCCAUCGGCGGCUGGCGCGCAGAAAUUUGCCUGCUCCCACUGCAGCUACACGAGCAACAAGAAGUUCCUCAUCUCACGACAUGUGCGUUCCCACGACACUGAGUUCUCGUUCAAGUGUUCGAUCUGUGAGCGUGGUUUCAAAACGAACGUAGGCCUAGUAAACCAUCUGAACACGCACAUGGGCAACAAGCCGCACAAAUGCAAGCAAUGCGACAGCGCCUUUACAACAAGUGGCGAAUUGAUUCGCCACACACGCUACAAGCACACCAAGGAGAAACCACACAAGUGCACUGAAUGUAGCUAUGCUAGCGUCGAGUUGACCAAACUGCGCCGGCACAUGACUUGUCAUACUGGCGAGCGACCAUAUCAGUGUCCACACUGCACCUACGCCUCCCAAGACAUGUUCAAGCUGAAACGCCAUUUGGUCAUUCACACCGGCGAAAAGAAAUACCAAUGUGACAUCUGCAAAUCGCGCUUCACUCAAUCUAAUUCACUGAAAGCACAUAAGCUCAUCCACAGCGUUGUGGACAAGCCCAUCUUCCAAUGUACGCUCUGCCCCACAACAUGCGGACGCAAGGCGGAUCUGCGCACUCACGUGGCCAAUAUGCACACAUCGGACACCCCGUUUAUUUGCAAACGUUGUGGUCAGGAGCUGCCCGAUCGUUAUCUGUACAAACUGCACUUAAAGACACACGAUGGCGAAAAAUGCUAUCGUUGCACCUUGUGCAGUUAUGCGUCUGUUUCGCAACGCCAUCUCGACUCGCAUAUGCACAUACACACCGACUCGAAGCCCUUCCAAUGUGAUCUGUGUCCACAAGCAUUUCGGCAGCGUCAAUUGCUGCGUCGCCAUCGUAAUCUAUUGCAUGAUGAGGACUACAAGCAGCCAGAGCCGCGUGAAAAAGUUCAUUCCUGUCCCAACUGUUCGCGUGUCUUUUACCGGAAGGGCAAUCUGAUGAGGCACAUGGAGCGACAUGACGCUAGCCUAAAUUCUCGCGAGAAGCAGCUGAAGUUGAAAAUGGGUCGCAAUGUUCGUCUGCAACCGGAUGGCAGUAUUACGACGCUUGUAAAUGGCGUUGAUAUGGAUGCACUGCGAGAGACAAGCGAAGAUAUGUCCAUUGACUUAGAAGAUCAAUACGAGAUCAGCGACUUCGUGGACUUGGACGAAGAUGCGGACGAAAAAGUGUCCGAUGAAAACCAAGUCAAGUCCUCUGCCAUCUCUACUUCGCGAACGAAAAAAACGCCCAAUAACGAGAGAGACAGAGAGCGGGAGAAAAAGAAGAAUCAGCGGAAGCUUGUCAUUAUAAAUCGCCAGUUAAAAGCGCCACGAGGCCAGACCGAAGUCGUAUCGCAAGGCGGCACAUUCCGAAUUAAAGAAGAACCGGAUGCCGGCGAUUUUACAGUGGAGCUACAAGAUGAAGAUGAGCAAUUCAUCGUCGAGCUGGUCAACGAUGAUAAUGAAGUGGUGGUCAAGCGUGAGCCCAACAACCAAAAGAUCAAUGCAAACAACUGUUUUGGCUUCGAGGAUGAUGCUGAUGCCGAAUACGACGACUAUGUUGAACAUGCGACCGAGGUGGAUGCUACCUCACAGGAGUUUAUGCAGCUGAUGGAUAUGAUUGAGCAGGAUACGUAGCUUACAAGAAAUUAAGUAUAAUCAUAAAUAUAUAUUUAUAAAUUUACAUAAUACCCAGUUGAAAUAAAAUAUGUUUUCUAAAUGAUGAA